GGACCACUCACUCCUAGUAUUCCUCUUUUCACAUCUCUCUUAUUCCCUUUGCAUUUCACUCUCUUAUUUCCCUUUUUUCCACAACUCAAAUCAUUACUUACUUCAUUCUGUUACAGUAAUCACUUCUUGACUAGUUUUUGGGUUAAGUAAGACUCAACUUGCACUACAAAGAGAGUACAACUCUCUUCCAAUACAAAUUUAAGGUGUGAGAUUUUGGGCCAAGAUCAUGCAACGUUGACUUGUUGACUUUUAAAGUGCUUAACUUUUUCACUUCUUGAAGACUUUUAUGUUAUUUUCUUGAGUAAUCACUUCUUGACUAGUUUUUGGGUCAAGCAAGACUCAACUUGCACUACAAAGAGAGUACAACUCUCUUCCAAUACAAAUUUAAGGUGUGAGAUUUUGGGCUAAGAUCAUGCAACGUUGACUUGUUGACUUUAAACUUGCCUUUUUCAGAUUCUUGAAGAUUUUAUGUUAUUUUCUUGAGGGAUGAAUUCUUGCUAGUUAAAUUACCGGGCGAUAGUUAAGUUUGAAUGAUGGAGAGUGGCAAUGAACAUUCGUCGUCCCUCAGUUUUGCUUCAUCUUCUUAUGUAUCGAACGGGUGCAGUAGUAGUCCUCAGGAACAAGGACAAAGUCGUGAUCAUUUGAGUAGUUUAAGUAAUAGUCUUGAAAAACUCAUGCUUAAUGCUGAGUAUGAUUACAGUGAUGCAGAAAUAGUUGUUGAGGGGAUUACUGUUGGUGUUAAUCGUUGUAUUUUGGCUGCACGAAGUCAGUUUUUCCAUGAAAAGUUUAAGCAGAAGAAUGAGAAUUCCUCGAAAGAUGAAAAGCCGAAAUAUAUGUUGAAGGAUUUGGUUCCUUUUGCCUCAAUUGGCUAUGAAGCAUUUAUGGUCUUCCUGAAUUAUUUGUAUACGGGAAACAUUAUGUCGGCUCCUCCAGAAGUUUCAAGUUGUGUUGAUAAUGCUUGUGCUCAUGAUGCUUGCCGCCCUGCCAUUAAUUGUGUAGUGGAACUCAUGUAUGCUUCGUCCACUUUUCAGAUAAAAGAGCUCGUUAUGGUCGCAGAGCGUUGUCUCGUCAACUUUGUUGAUAAGGCUAUUCCAGAGGAUGUAAUUCCUAUACUUUUAGUUGCCUUUCACUGCAAACCUAAUCAUCUUCUUGAGCAAUGCAUCCAGAGAGUGGCACGAUCCGAUCUAGACAAUGCUACUCUUGAGAAAGAACUUCCUCAUGAUGUUUUAACCGACAUAAAAGCAAGGCGCCUCAAGUCUCGACAACAAGGGACUGAACAGGAUUCAAUAGAAGUGGACUCCUUGAGUGAAAAGAGAAUUAGUAGGAUUCUCAAGGCUCUGGAAUCCGAUGACAUUGAAUUGCUAAAGUUACUCCUGGAAGAGUCUAAUGUCACUUUAAACGAAGCUUGUGCUCUUCAUUAUGCAGCUGCCUAUUGCAACUCCAAGGUUGUGAACGAGGUACUCGAGCUAGGUUUAGGCGCUGAUGUCAAUCUUCAGAACUCUCGAGGAUAUAAUGUCCUUCAUGUUGCAGCUAGACGAAAGGAACCAUCAAUAAUUAUGGGACUACUUGCAAAAGGAGCAUCCGUUUUGGAUACUACGCGCGAUGGACAGACAGCACUAUCUAUUUGCCGGAGAUUGACUCGUCCAAAGGAUUACAAUGAGCCAGCAGAGCAGGGAAAGAAAACUAAUAAAGACCGCAUCUGCAUUGAUGUUUUGGAGAGAGAGAUGAUUAGGAAUCCUAUGAUUGGGUUCAUGUCUUCUUCAUCAAUGGUGUUGGCUGAUGAAUUACUCAUGAGGUUGCUUUUAUUUGAAAAUAGAGUGGCGUUGGCACGAAUGUUAUUUCCUCAUGAAGCCAAGCUAGCUAUGGAAAUAGCACAUGCUGAUUCGACCUCAGAGUUUACUGGCCUUUCAACAAAUGGCUUAUGCAGAAAUCUGAGAGGGGUAGAUUUGAAUGAAUUACCAUCUGAGCAAGUGAAAAGACUCCAAGAGCGGCUGAUCGCACUGCAGAAAACAGUGGAGACAGGUCAGCGUUUUUUCCCUAACUGCUCCGAAGUUUUAGAUAGACUAUUGGAGGAUGACACUCUAGAUUCGUUGAUGUUAGAAAGUGGCACCCCCGAGGAACAAAGAUCAAAGAAGAUGCGAUACACAGAACUCAAGGAUGAAGUUAUGAGGGCAUUCAACAAAGACAAAGCUGAAAAGUAUUGGGUGGGCUUCUCGACGUCUUCCUCCUCUUCAUCUUCCCCAAAGAUUAGUGGUAGCCACAAGAUUAGGAAAAAGUAGGUCCAGAAUUGAACCUUGUCAGCUUUACAUGAUUGAGCUCCAUAUACUAUAGUGCUUAUGUGCUUGUUCCUCAAUUUACUUUUACUUUUGGUAGCUUGUUUGUAGAGAAGAAAUUGGAGAAGUGUGAUUGAGGCAAUCGUUAUGUAGAAAAGUAUGAAGGAGAGUGGAUUGAUUGUGGGGGUAAGGGUAAGAGGAAUAAAAGUAGGUAUAGGAUUGGUUUUUCUUUCCUUUUUAUUUUUUUUUAUUUUUUUAUUUUUAUCUGUUACUUCUUUUGGAUUGAUGAUUGUUUAGGUUAUGGUGAUAUAUACUAAAAAGUGAUCUAUAGAUCGAA